AUGAAGACGAUCGGAGCUCCGAAACAGGCGGCAGCCAUGAACACAUCUUCAAAGAAAAAACUCACGAGACCCUCCAAGAAAAUAAGACGGGGAGUUGAAGCCCCCCAGAUAAAGUUUUCAGACGACGAAUCCCUGCCAGUUGUCGCUGUCAGUCGUCAAAUCUCCAAUCCCAUCUUACCGAAUGUUAUCUUGCGGGUCAUCCCCGAACAAGAUGCUGUGCCUGCCUCGGACUCCAAGCCUAAUUUUGGCGUCGUCAUUGAGCUGAGGGCCCCACCCCUAUCACACCCAGUGGCACGUGCCCCCAUCGACCUAGUUAUGGUGCUGGAUGUCAGCAGUAGUAUGUUUGGGCCAAAGCUGGACCUUGUAAAGCGGGCCGCGGGUUUCGUUGUGGAUAACCUGGGCCCGUCUGACCGUCUCUCCUUAGUUUCUUUCUCCAGUUCUGCUCAGAGAGUCCUCCCUCUGCACAGAAUGACUGCAGCGGGCCGAGCCAAAGCUAAACGGGCCGUCAACUUUCUUUCCGCGUGCGGAAGCACCAACAUCGUGGAUGGUCUCACAAUGGGGCUUCGAGUUCUUGAAGAGAGGAGGCAUCGUAAUCCUGUGGCAAGCAUCAUGUUCUUGUCUGACGGUCAGAACACUUGCCGCCCGAACACUUGCCACCCGAACAUGAUUCCGAUCGUGGGCCAACAGCCCUACCUUUAUCUGUUGCCGCCAUCCAUUCAUCUUGAGAUGGAAAAGAAGCCGCCGAACAUUCCCAUCCACACUUUUGGCUUCGGCUAUGACCACAACCCGCUCGUGAUGCACGCCAUCGCAAGCCAAUCGGGUGGAACUUUCUCGUUCAUCGAGUCGUACGAAAUGGUGCAGGACGCGUUUGCGAGCUGCAUCGGUGGCCUCUUGAGCGUCGUGGUUCGUGACCUCCGCCUGACGCUGAGGUCAGCGUCCAGCGGCGUGCGCAUCAACUCUAUUCAUUCCGGAAGCUACCAGAGCGAAGUAUCGGGCCUUUGCGGGUCGAUCACCGUAGGAGACCUUUAUGCGGACGAGGAAAAAGAUUUUCUUAUCGACAUAUCGGUCCCCGUGUGCUGGGAGGAUGAUAGGCGGACCCCACUUUUGGACGUCACGUGCUCGUACAAGGACGUGGCAUCGAACGAGAGGGUAGAAAUGGAAUCUGCCGAGAUAAGGCGGCCGGUUUUAUUGCUGCCUUGCGAUGUGAAGGUGAAAAUCGAGGUCGACAGGCAGAAGAAUCGGCUGCAAGCUGCAGAGGGUCUUGCGGAGGCCCAACGGGCGGCAGAGAAGGGGAACUUCAAAGGGGCGCGAGCGAUUCUGUCGAGCGCGAGGUCGUGUGUUUCGGGCUCGGCGGCGGGCCAGGCGGGAGACAGGCUGGCUCUGCAGCUGGCGGCCGAGAUGAGAGAGACUGAGGAGAAAAUGGGGUGUAAGAGGACGUACGAGCAGGCGGGCCGGGCCUAUGCCCUGUCGAGCAUGAGCGCGCACGCGAAUCAGAGGGCCUCUAUCAGGCGCCGCACUUCGGGAGAUGCUUAUGUGACACCUAAUAUGGCUAAUAUGGUGAGCAAGUGUCAUCAGAUCAUCAAGAUUGAAGGUGUUAAGAAGGAAAAAAAAUAG